CGGCCAAACAAUAUGGUUGCACACAGCUUUAGAUUCUGAGGACUGUGUCUUAUAACUCACCAUUUAUAACAAUGCUGAGUUUCUGUGUGAUAGUUUUGCUUUGCAUUACUCGUGUGUCUACCACGGAUACUAAAGUCUCUAAAAAUGCAUACAGUCCCAGUGAGAGCUAUCUCAUGUCGAUAUGGCACAACAGGCUGUACUUAUAUUCAGCUGCUGCUCUCGUCUUUGGAGUCUGGUUCUCCCUGAAGGUGGCACUGAAGAGGAAAAGCUUUUCCAAAGAUCUAAGGCCGUGGGUCUACAAAGCUGUGAAGAGCAAUGACAGCCACAGAGAUGCUGUGGUUCACGUGUCAGGGGUUAAAAUCUUCUAUGGCUCUCAAACUGGAACAGCAAAGGGCUUUGCAAACGAGCUGUCAGAGGAGGUGAAGGCUUUGGGUAUACCAGCGGAGGUGAUUGACAUCAAAGACUACGAUCCAGAUGAUCAACUUAUUGAAGAGUGCAUCAACAAGUCAGUCUGUGUGUUUCUUGUGGCCACCUACACUGACGGACAGCCCACAGAGAACGCCGAGUGGUUCUGCAAGUGGUUAGAGGAGGCAUCCACUGACUUCAGAUAUGGGAAGACCUACCUCAAAGGCCUACGAUACGCAGUGUUUGGCCUUGGCAACUCUGUUUAUGUCGGCCACUAUAAUACAGUGGGUAAAAACUUUGACAAGUGGCUUUGGAUGCUGAGUGGCAAGAGAAUUAUGACCAGGGGAGAGGGUGACUGUAAUGUGGUGAAGAGCCGUAAUGGCAGCAUCCAGGCAGACUUCCUGGCCUGGAAGGUCAAGUUCCUGAUCCGCCUACAAGCUUUGGCCAAGGGCGAGAAGAAGAGCUGCAGCGGCAACUGCAAGACUGGAGGCUCGUGUAAGAACAAGAGGAAAGAAGGACAGGAGCAGAAGGAGAAGGAGGAGGAGAAGACAGCUCUGCAGGGUAACAGCUCUGAGGACGAUCUAAUGGAGUCCAGCAGUGAUGAAGAAGAGUCUGGUCUGCAAGACGAGAAAAAAGCAGGUUCAAUGGUUGACAUGGAGGAUCUGGGCAACAUCAUGAACAGUGCCAAGAAAGCAAAGAGCAAAGAGGAGAGUGGAGGAGACGGCCAGACGGUGAAGCUGUCCAAGUUGAACGGAGUGAAGAAGAUUGAAGAUGAAGGGGAAAGCAGAGAGAUGAUCACCCCUGCCCUCAGAGCAGCGCUGACAAAGCAAGGGUACAAACUGAUUGGAAGUCACUCAGGAGUAAAGCUUUGUCGAUGGACCAAGUCUAUGUUGCGAGGGAGAGGAGGCUGUUACAAGCACACUUUCUAUGGUAUUGAGUCCCACCGGUGCAUGGAGACUACUCCCAGCCUGGCCUGUGCUAACAAGUGUGUCUUCUGCUGGAGACACCACACCAACCCUGUGGGCACAGAGUGGCGCUGGAAGAUGGACCCUGCUGAGAAAAUCCUGCAGGAUGCCUUGGAGAAGCACCAGAGCAUGAUUCGACAGUUCAGAGGUGUCCCUGGAGUGAAGCCCGAGCGGUACGAGGAGGGCUUGGCAGUCAAGCACUGUGCUCUCUCCCUGGUGGGUGAGCCAAUCAUGUACCCUGAAAUCAACACCUUCGUCCGCCUCCUCCACUCCCACCACAUCUCCAGCUUUGUGGUCACCAAUGCACAGUUCCCACAGGAAAUCAGGAGCCUUGUACCUGUUACCCAGUUGUAUGUUAGUGUGGACGCCAGCACCAAAGAUAGUCUGAAAAAGAUCGACCGACCGCUUUUCAAGGACUUCUGGCCCCGCUUCCUGGACAGCCUCAGGGCCCUGGGAGAGAAGAGACAGAGGACGGUGUACAGACUGACGCUGGUAAAAGCCUGGAAUGUGGAGGAGAUGCAGGCCUACUCAGAGCUCAUUGCUUUGGGCCAGCCGGACUUCAUUGAGGUCAAGGGAGUGACGUACUGUGGGGAAAGCUCUGCCAGCAGUCUGACCAUGGCUAAUGUGCCCUGGCACCAAGAAGUGGUCGCCUUCGUCCAGCAGCUGGCUGACAUGUUGCCUCAGUAUGAGAUCGCCUGCGAACACGAGCACUCCAACUGUUUGCUCAUUGCACACACCAAGUUCAAGGUGGAUGGUGAGUGGUGGACAUGGAUCGACUACGAGCGAUUCCAGGAGCUGGUCCAGGCUUUUGAGGAGAGUGGGGGAAAGCAGAGCUUCUCAGCCUUGGACUACAUGGCCAAGACUCCCGGAUGGGCUCUGUUCGGAGCAGAUGAACAGGGUUUUGAUCCCGCUGACACACGGUUCCAACGACGCAACAAAACCAAAGACAUUUCAGGAUGUUGAUAGAUGCGAGAGAACGAGAGGCACUGAUCGAGUACUGAUAUCUAUAGCAAAUAUAAUUUUACAAAUUAGGGUAACUGUUUUUAUUACCAUCCUCUUUGAGUUUCAAAGUUUCGUGCUGGACAACUUUGUUUCUGUCCCUAGCUGCCCUCAUUCUCAUAUAACCUUCAACUCUCUUCUUGUCUGUCAUUACUCUUCAAUUUGGAUCUUGCGUUUUAUUGGCUUGAGCUCUGAGAUCAGCCAAAAACUGUCAGAAUCAAUUACUUUAAACUCACUUUUUAGACAUUCCCCUUCACAUUUACUUUUAAGCAUUUCUUUUGCUUUCUGUAUGCACAUAGAUUUUUGAUACUUCACUCUUUUUUUUAUUAUAAAUGUCAAUAGCUUUGAUCUGUGAAACCAUCUGGUAGCACUUGGGGUUUACUCUGUUAAAAGCGAACCUGGGAGUGGUUUCAUCAUCAUCAGUUCUGACAUGCAUUCUAGUUAAGCAGCUGCACAGCUCAGGUCAUGAUUAGGAUAUAAGGAGUAGCGCUUCUCCUCAUGUCGUCUGUGGGAGCAACACUUUCCCAGACACCUUUCCUCCUGCUCAUUAGGACAGUGGUUGUAUUGACUUGAUAGUGAGAGACUUGAGAGAGGCAUCAAGGCUGCAUCUCCACUGGGAGAGUCAGGCUGGUAUUGCUCUCUUUGUGUGUGUGUGUGGUUUUUUUCUUUGCACUGUUACACAUUCUCAGCAGUAUCAGCUUUGUUUUCUUCUGGGCUGGGAUGCAAAACAAUGUGACAGCUUUUCAGAGAGAGUUCUGUCAUUCUGGCAGGUUUACUGUGGGUUUGUGAAAAAAAAAAAAAGUGGCCAAUAUUUCCAAGAAUUAAACAUACAAGUAGGGAUGCAUCGAUUCAAUAGAUUCGGUAUCGCCAGAUAUUCCACUUUUUGACCACCUAUUACAUUCACUGAUGGCAGUGGCUGAUGUUUUCCUGUUCCUGGGACGUACCCUGCUACACUGUAAACAACAAAUCCUUGUUAAAAUUAGCAGGAGGAAAGCUAGUUAGCAUUAGCUGUUAGCAGUGGUGACCACAACAAACAGCUCACGGAGGUUGCACUGAGUUGCAUUAUGAUGCGUUAAAGCUCUAUUCAGAAAAGAAUAAGUGUUUGGCGAAGCUAAUAUGUAACAUUCUCAUGAUAUGUUCAAAUGUCAUCUUGUAUUUUUCUUUUUUUGUUUGUUUGUUUUUUGGCGAGGAACCUGAGUAUACACAGCUGUUUGAAAGAGAAAUUUGUUGAUAUUUUCACAGCAGUAUGAAAUAGAUAUUAGAGAGGGAAUUCUGAUAUUUUAUGUAUAGUGAAAAGGCAUUUGGAAAAAAAAACAAAAGGAGGGAAUUAUAACAACAGACUCAAAAUAAACAAUGACAAGAAAACACUGCUAUUGGCUAUCUGACAAAUUGUUAUUUUAAACAUCGUUAUUGGCCCAGAAUGUCCCAAUUACUGCAUCCCUACAUUAGAUAAUAAAGUUACUUGAGUAACUUUAUCAUAAAUCUGACAUUUUGGCUAAGAUUGUUACUGCUUUUGCAUAUUUGAGCUAAACUAUGGAUUGAUGACAGUUCAAAAAGUCACAAGAAAUCACAAGUGCAUCGCUGUUUUGUACUGCAGUAAUGCUUUAACACAGAAUUAUGACAUCGUGUACUCAGACAUGUCAAGUCUCCUAUCAUUAUGUCAAUACAUCUCUCAGAUCAAGUUAAACAGACAAAACACAAAGAUAUAUAAACUGUUACUGCACCACACAUUUAAAAUAUUCCUCCACCUCCCAAGUGUAUGCUGUCUGAUCUACAUUCAGACGCCAUCCAGGAUCAGGUAUGAGUAUGAAGCAGAGCAUCAUGGGUGGGGAUGUAACUUCAUAUCGAGUCCAGCCUACCUGAAUAAAGCCUUUACUGAUACUUUGUUAAAUCCACAUGUAAAAUUCAAGUCACUUAUAUUUUCUUUUUAUUUGAAUGUAAAUCCAGAUGUGAAUAUUAAGUCCAUUUUGAUUUGUUUUAUUUGAAUGUGAAUCCAGAUGUAAACAUUUAAAGGGAUACUACAGAUCUUUUGAAGUGGGCCUGUAUGAGAUGCUCAUCCACAGUAAAUGUAUUACCUACAGUAGAUGGUGGUCGGCACUUUCCCACUUUGGAGACGUAGGCUGUAGUACCACCAGUAAAGAUAAAUGCACUGCUAUGGACGGGGGCAGCAGCAAAAGUAUUUUAGCCACCUAAAAAAAUCAAUACCAGUUUAAGUGUACAUUAUGUUUAGAAUUUUUUGCCGCCUUAUCUUGCUGUCAGAUGGGGAUGCGUGAUGGAGAAAUAAAGCCUUCAUAGCACUCUCUUCAAAGCCAGACUCCAUUGAGAAAAACAGUGAUUUAACACUGCUGAACACAGGAGCUGCUGGUCAACUGCUGCCUCCAUCAGUUAGUUUGUUUGUGUUAUUAUGUGACUUUGGUGUUUAAAAACGUUAGUUUGGAUUCCCCAAAGUCAGACAGUAACACAGGCUAACUAACUGAUGGAAUCAGCGGUAGACCAGCAGCUCCUGUGUUCAGCGAGCCAAAAAGACCUUUUUUGACAGUGUGUAGUGGCUUUGAAGAUAGCAUAGAUGUGGAACUUAAGACUUUAAGCAGCUUCCCUGUUGAAACGGGCUGUCUGAUGUAAAGGCAAACAGGUGAAAGUACUCUCAAUAUAGCGUACACUUAAACUUAUAUUGAUUUUUUUUAGGUGGCUAAAAUAUGUUUUGCUGUUGUCUCCAUCCACAGCAAUACAUUGCUUAGCUUUUCUUAUUGGCACUUCUCCAAACUGGAAGCAUCUGGAAGCUGACAUCUAGUGUAUGUAAUACACUGACUAUGGAUAAAAACCUCAUACGGCCCCACUUAAAAAAAUCAGAACUACCCGUAUAAGUCAGUUUUAAUUUGUUUUAUGUUAAUAUGAAUCCAGAUGUAAACGUUUAGGUCCAUUUUGAUUUGUUUUGUAAGGCCUCAAAUGUUGCAGUGACUCCUUGUUGGGAGAAACAGCAGGUGUGGGGAUAUAGCACUAAAAUAAAUGUAUGUGGAAUAA